AUGGACAGCACUCCUCAGACGUGGAAAUAUUCCAAAUGGCGCCGGCACCCACGAGGAUCCCGACGAAGGGGGACCGUUUUGAAUCCGAGUCAAAGGGAUGCUCUGCAAGCAUUGUUUCAACAGAACCCCUACCCCGGGAUCGCCACCAGAGAACGACUGGCCCAAGAAAUUGACAUUCCGGAAGCCAGAGUCCAGAUUUGGUUUCAAAACCAACGCAGGAGACAUCUAAGGCAGGGCCGAUUGGGGUCCACAGACUCUGCGGGAGAAGGCCACCCAAAAGAAGGCAGGAGACAGCGGACACGCAUCACUCCAUCGCAAACCAGGAUCCUCGUUCAAAACUUUGAGAAGAACCGAUUUCCCGGCAUUGCUGCCAGGGAAGAACUGGCCAGACUAACAGGCAUCCCAGAGUCGAGAAUUCAGGUAUGGUUUCAGAACCGAAGAGCUCGGCACCCAGAGCAGACCAGGAGUGGACCCGUGAAAGCCUUGAUGCAAGGCCCCAAUGCCAGGCCUCCUCUGGCUGCUCUGCAGGACCAAAGAAUAUGCCAGGAGCACAAUGAGCACACUGGCAUGGCAGCGCUGCCCUUCCAAGACUCCCCUCAGCCUGACCCUGACAAUCCUAAGCAACAGUUGCAGGAUCUGGCUCAGCCAGGCACAUCCCACGCUAUGCAGCAGUGGGGCGAGGGGCCUCAGGUUGUCACGGCCAGAGAGGAGCCUCAGGAAAGGGCAGUUCUGCAGCCUGCGCACACUGACACACACGUGUGGCAGCAGCAGGUGUUAUCGGCCAAAGAGCCCGCUCCUGUGCCAGGCCAACAGCACCAGCGCUCUGCAGAAACCUCCAGCCUCUUAGAUGAACUCCUCGCAGAUGCAGAGGUUCAGGAAAAGGCACAACCUUUUCUGAAUGGGGAUCUGCAGGCAGAGGAGCCUCCAGGAACACCGGAAGAACUUCUCAGCGGAGAAGAAUUUCAGGCUCUGCUCGACAUGCUGCAAUGCUCACCAGGGCCUCCGAUUUAG